UCCUAGCGGCGACGACCGCGCAUACACAGCGACAGUCAUCCCGCUUUUGAGACUUUCUACAAUUUUCAUUCUGUUCUCGUUGUUGACGAAGUUGCUUCGGUCAACGUACUCACAUCCGCCAUUCGUUCACCAGAUCACUACGUACAUAGCCGUGACCUUCCUUGUCUGGAAAUCUCCGACAUUCAAUCUCGUUGGUCUUCGUUGACCUGUUGAGAAAUUCUGUAGUAUGCAAUAAUGUCUUCAUACAAAUUGGAGACACCUCGUCCUAGACCGCCACCCUUGCCAAUCCGUACGCACAACAUCGCUCCGUCACGCCUCUCAGGAUCAUACAAUUCACCUUCAACUCUCCUUUACGACUUACCCCCCGCGAUCUCCCCCUCACCUACACGACUCAAAUACUCGCCAUUCACAUCCCCGACUUCUCCUACUGGAAGAAGUCGGUCAAGAGGUACUAGAAAUGGCAUGCAAAUGACCCCGCCGCCUUCAGGCGGCAGUCGGGCACCAACUCCUGCUCGAGCUGCGCGCGGUGCUGACCUCGAGCAUUUCGCAGAGCAUUGCCGAGCAUGGUAUUAUGAUCAGAACGACAACGCUGGACGUCUUAUGACGCAAACAUUAGCUACUCUACCCCCUUCUCAACGAGCACCUUUUGCUCGGCUACAGGCAUCAAUACGAUCCGCGUAUCAUGCCAGCGUUAAUGCACGGCGCAACGCUGAAUUUCAAGCGCACCUCAGCGCGACGCUACCUGGUGGAUCAUUGAUGCCACAUUCAAGGGCAGAGCCUACUGGUCCUCUUGCUCGGAAAGAGCGUUAUGACAGACUAGAACGAUUUGUAAGGACAUGGUGUACAAUGGGUAUGCCGGGUACAAAACUCUUUUUCGAAGGUCUCUGGGCUGUCAUGAGACUGCAAGUCAUUCCAGAACACCUUGGCGGUGCGGGCGGACGGAAAAUAGAAUGGGAAAUCGAUGAUGCUCUUUUCAAAGAAGCAGCUGGUAAAGAUUUCAUGCUUGACGCUAUAGAUGUUCUCAAAGGAGUCCUUGGCUUCGAAGAAAUCCUGUCAUCCAGGCGUUCACCUUCCACAGCCUAUUCAUCAUUCCCUCUUGUCUCACGUGUGCACUCUCGGUCACAAUCUCAACCACUUCCUUCUGGCCCUUCGGCACCGGCACAUCCCCAGAAAUCGCCACCAAUAAUAUCUACGACAUUGCCAAAGCGUGCCAGGGCACCCAGUGAUCCAUUCCUGGACACACCUCCACUUUCGACAUCCUAUUCAUCCGGGAAUACCACCGCCCACCUCUCCACUUCAGGUUCUUCAACAAUUGAUGAACCUGCCACUCCCAAUACGUCGCGCGAUGAUCCUACCGACUAUUUCUCAUCUGCUUCUGCUGGGCGCGACCUGCCUGACCCGGAAGAAUAUCUUCGGGUUUGGACAGUUCCAGACCUUUCGGACCCGGAGUUCCUAGCCCUUUUGAAAGUGUUCCCCGCAUUCAUUGCGCGCAAUCCAUUGCCAACGUUCCCUACAUUGUCUAAAUCUGCACAGCUAGCCGACAUCGAAGAGGCUAUGGCAAAUGAUGAGGAAAGGAAGGAGAUUAGGGUCGGCACCGGGACCAUGUGGGUCGGUUUCAAGACACGUACACCUGGCUGGCAAGGCAGCUGGUGGAUACGCUUUAAACUGUGGUGGAAGCGACUGUUCUGCUAAGCAGUAUGACCUAUCUGAUUUACAAACGUUUUCUCACCCUCCCAUUUGCCGUAUUUAUCGGCGGCCCUACCUUCUAUCUUUCUGCUUGAACUCUAUGUCCGUUGUCCAAUAGAAUUUGAGGACUUGUUGCAGUCGAGGAUGGCAUCUCUUCUGGGCAUGUUCCAUCGCGACUGCAACUCACCACACAAGCGAUUACAGAUAUGUACUUUUCCUGCGCGCCACAUGUAUAUUGGUUCUUUUUCGAACCUUGUACUUUUCUUCAAUGACACUGCACGUAUACCCUGUAUUGUCACAUCCGUGAUGACGAUGACGAUGUUUAUUAUUUCAUCGACUUAUCUAUGUGAAUGUCACAGGCUCAUAUGUUUGCAGAUCCCUUUUCGUGAUUCACAU